UCGCCGGUGGCGCCGCGCGGCUGUUCUCGACGGUGUUCCGCAAGCGCCUUGACCCUGCGCCGGCUCCGGCCCCGCCGGCUUCGGCGCCUCCCGGAAGCAAUAAUGAGCCAAACCAAGGCUUACCUGAGUCAAUACAAACUGGUUCAACACCAAUCCUGGAGAAGGGAAAGAACCCCACCGGUACCUCGGAUGAUAAGGCGUUGUCUGAAGUAGAGCACUUGUUAAUGAGGAAAACAUUCACAAGGGUUGAAUUUGACCGCCUUACAGACCUACUACGUGCGAGAACUGUGGAAUCUGAUUUGUCUGCACCGGCAGACAACCAUGAGAAUAAGAAUGAAGAAAGAACCAUAAUUGGUGGAAUAGGGAGCUCCACAUUACAUGGGAUGGCUGCAGAUCAUUCUACUGCUGAUGUUGAUCCGGUUUGUGGUGCUAGUUCACCUGCAGAGCUCGCAAAGCAAUAUAUGAAUUCCCGUUAUUUGAAAGAAAACCAACCAAACAGUUUGCGGAACCAAGUAUUUGUCAAGAACAAGGCAGAAACAAGCAACAUUGCCUAUGAUAGAAGGAAACCUGGAGGACAAUUUGUACAAGAACCGAGUCAAUUUAGCAAUGAAAACUCUCAACUACCCGUGAAUGGAUAUGUUACUCCAGGAUUACGUGGGCGGUCAGCGAUAUAUAGAAUGUCGCGUUCCCCAUUUUUUAAGGGGCCAAGCUCUUCCAAUGAUAUAAAUAUGUCACCAUUUUCAUCAUCUCAGAUGCAAGCUCAUAGUUUGGUUUCUGGUGGCAGGCAGGUCUUGAAACGAAGAGGUGCUGAGUUGGAGAAUGAGCUUGGAUCUGUUGGUCCCAUACGCAGGAUUCGUCAAAAGUCAAAUAUGAUGUAUACUUUUAAAGAUGCUCGCUCAAGCCCCCGAGGAAACUUCCUUCCCAGCCAUACAAUUGGUUCAGAUUUGACUGAUGGCCGUUCACCCAUUCAGGAUUCACCUAGUUCAAAAAGAUUAUUGCUUGGGACUGGUCAAUCUGUGCAACCUGCAGAAGCACAUAGAAACGAUGAAGAUGGCAAAACUUCUAGUGAUAAUGUUCUUGCUGCAUCACCUCAAUCAAACAAGAUGGCUGAGAAGAUAUUUGAGCAGCUCAAUAUAAUAGUCCCGUCUCCAAAAGAGAAGCAGUCUCUUCCAAAACUUGCUUCUGGUAAUGUGAGUCGCUUGAUGUCAAAACAACCUGUUAGGCAAGGCAAUGAACCAAACUGUGUGAAUGACCCCACUAGUUCCCUGAAACUUCAACCUAUGGAUAGUUUUAGGCGUUCCCUUGAUUCAGAACUGAAUGCCUCACCAUCAAGUAAAGACAAGCUUAAGAAAGAUGGAUCGUCCAAACUUCUGUCACAUUCAUUUCAGUACUUAGGCAACAAAGACGUUAAGUCUGAUAAUGUUGCUCUGUCUUCAGUUGCUGGUACUACAUCAGGCAAGCCGGGCUUUAAAAUGGCUGUUUUUGAGGAUCUAUCAGAGUUCGAUGAUGACCAGGAGCCCCCUGUCUUGUCGAAGAAUUCAUUCGGCAAGACUGAGGUGAAGAUAUUUGAUAAGAAAUUUGAUUCGAAGAUGAAGGAGCAGAAAGUUGAAUCAAGUAUUUCCGAACAGAAAAUUGAGUCAAAUUCAGUACAGAAGGGUGUCAGUUCUUCAGUUAGUGAAAAGCCUAUAGCAUCCCGUUCGAAAGAUGCCCAUUCCUUAGGCUUGUAUUCAUCUAAUGACCCUGAAAAGAGGGCUACUCAUGAUGUUCCUUCAGACAACAUUGGUUUCAAAAUUCCACACGAGCCUUCUGGCAGCCUUCCUGAGAAUACUGUGUCACAAGUGCCACUUUCUUUAAAAAAGGAUGAUAAGCUGACCAGUGCAUCGACUUCUAUAUUUGGUUUCAACCAGUCCAUUACAUCAGAUUCAGAACCAACAAACAUGGCUGGUGUAAAGAUAGAACCAGGACUUGGGGGGAGUGUCACCAAGCCCACAACAUUGGACAGCACUAACGUGGAGAGAGGCAAUGAAAAAGAAAAGGCAGAAUAUGUCCACAAAUCAUCAGAUAAGGUGUUACCCUUGGCUGCACCUUUCCACUUUGCCUCCACCACAUCAACUACAGCAAGCCUGAGCAAUGGCUUCUCACUCGCAUCAUCACCAAAGUUAUCAAGUGGAACUCCAGGUGAUAAGCCUGCAGUUAGCUUGGCCGCAUCCACUAUACCAACCACAUUUGCUGUAUCCAGUAGCAGCACACCUUUUUCAUCGUCAAGCCCUACAAUUCCUACAUUCAAUUUUGGUUCAAGCACUUCAAUGGUGGCAACGACUAAAUCAGAUGGCACAAAUACUGAGGCAAAGCCAGCUAGCACUUUGUUUGGUACUGGGGGUGCUAUAGCUGAAGUUAAAUCUACAGCGCAGGAUACAGCCAACAAGGCAUCACUGAAUCUAAGUGCUGCGCCUAUUUCUUCAAAUGUUGCAAGUUCUCCAGUCGCAUCCUCUUCUGCUUUCUCAAGCACAGCAACAUUUUCAUCUUCUACAUUGGCAGCUUCAAAUGAUGGAAUUGCCUCAACGAAUGCAUCAACAACACCUUCUGCAUUUUCGAGCUCAGGAAACAGCAUUUUUGGGUUCAACUCUCCAGCUCAGCCUACUGGUUUGAGUUCAUCCGUUGGUGGUAGUACUGCCCAACCAUCUGCCACUAGCACAAUCUUUGGUGGCAAGUUGCCACAGUCAGAGAGCACAAUGUCGCAUCCAUCAAAGAGUUCACCUGUUCAGUUUAGCUCGCCAUUCCCAACUGUAACCAAUGCCACAGGAGCUUCCUCAUCUGGCUUUGGAUCUGUAUCUUUUGGAGUCGGAACUACCUCAGCAGGUUCUGCGGCCAUAUCUUUUGGAACUGGGACUUCCUCAUCCGGGCCUAGCACAGUAUCUUUCGGAUUAGCAGGAACCUCAUCUGGGCCUGGCACUGUGUCUUUUGGAGCAGGAAACUCCUCGUCUGCACCUGGAACUGUGUCCUUUGGAGCGGGAACCUCCUUGUCUGCACCUGGAACUGUAUCUUUCGGAGCGGGAACCUCCUCGUCUGCACCUGGAACUGUGUCUUUCGGAGCGGGAACCUCCUCGUCUGCACCUGGAACUGUGUCUUUUGGAGCGGGAACUUCCUCGGGUGCACCUGGAACUGUGUCUUCUGGAGCGGGAACCUCCUCGUCUCCACCUGGAACUGUACCUUUUGGAGCAGGAACCUCCUCAUCUGGGUCUGGAACUGUGUCUUUUGGAGCAGGAACCUCCUCGUCUGCACCUGGAACCGUGUCUUUCGGAGUGGGAACCUCCUCAUCUGGGCCUGGAACUGUGUCGUUUGGAGUGACAACUUCCUCAUCCGGGUCUUUGUUUGGUAAUUCACCUUUUGGGUCAGGAACUACCUUCUCUAGCUCUGGAAGUGGAUUUGCGUUUUCAUCACCUAGCACGUCUGCUGGGUCAUCUUUAACAAUGGCCAGCACAAGUAUGUUCAGCAGCAGUUCUACAACUUCAUCAUCCCCUGCUUUCAGUAACCCAUUUGGUUCGAGUUCGUCACCUCCCAGCAUGUUUACAUUUGGCCAAUCAGCUUCCUCUGGAGGUGGUUUUUCAUUUGGCGCACAGUCGUCUCCAGCUUUUUCAUCACAAGCUCCAGUUUUUUCGUUUACCUCGGCAAGCACAAGCAUGAAUUCUUCUACUCCACAACCUGUAUUUGGGAUGACAAAUUCCAACCCAGCCUUUGGCAUGGGAUCUCCUGGAAAUGAUCAGAUGAAUGUCGAAGACAGCAUGGCAGAUGACACUAACCAAGCAGCACCAGCGCCAGCACCAAUAUUUGGAUCCUCACCAUUUGGGCAGCCUGGUAGUUCACCUGCUGCUCCAGUAUUUGGUGCUCCAGCAGCCCAGUCUACCGGACUUUUUCAGUUUGGGAACCAACAAGGUUCCAUGCAACAGAAUGCGGCAUUCCCACCUGCUGGUGGUAGCCUAGAGUUUCAGGGUGGGAACUUCUCGUUAGGAAGUGGUGGUGGAGGCGGCGACAAAUCUAGCAGACGAGUGAUCAAGGUCAAAAGGACACAAAAGAAAAGACGUCAGCACAGUUUUCGCAGCAUCUCCCGGCUGACUUGCAAACCAAAGCGUGAUCUCCGAGCGAGAGGAGAUCGUCGGUUUGAUGCGUCGCUCUCCUCCGGGAGAGACAUUCGCGGCGUGAUCCGGGGUCGAGGAGUCAAAGCUGUCUGUCUGUUUCUUGGAUCGAGGCGGAGUCUCCGGCGUGGUGUCGGACCGGCGGCAAUGGGGAACACGUGCGUCGGCCCCAGCAUCAGCAAGAACGGCUUCUUCCAGUCCGUCUCGACGGUGCUGUGGAAGGCGCGGCAGGACGGCGGCGCGCUGCCCGAAGCCAAUGGCCCAGACGGCGGCGGCGGCGGCCUGGGGCGGCUCCCUCCGACGGCUGACGCGCCGGUCGCCGUCCAAAGCAAGGCCCCCGAGCCCGUCAAGAUCGUCUCGAGCACGGACUCCGCCGCCGCCGUCGCUAGGCCGACCAAGCCCGACGCCGAGCAGGACACCUCCAAGGCGAGCGCCGCCAGCUCCGACUCCGGCGGCGAGGCGGCCAGGCCGCGGCCCAAGGUGCCGCCAGUGAAGCGCGUCUCCAGCGCCGGGCUGCUCGUCGGCUCGGUGCUGAAGCGGAAGACGGAGAAUCUCAAGGACAAGUACAGCCUGGGGCGGAAGCUCGGGCAGGGGCAGUUCGGGACGACGUACCUGUGCGUGGAGCGGAGCACCGGCAAGGAGUUCGCCUGCAAGUCCAUCCUCAAGCGGAAGCUGGUCACCGACGACGACGUCGAGGACGUCCGGCGGGAGAUCCAGAUAAUGUACCACCUCGCCGGCCACCCCAACGUGAUCUCCAUCAAGGGCGCCUACGAGGACGCCGUGGCCGUGCACCUCGUCAUGGAGCUCUGCGCCGGCGGCGAGCUGUUCGACCGGAUCGUGCAGAAGGGCCACUACACGGAGAGGAAGGCGGCGGAGCUCGCCAGGGUGAUCGUCGGCGUGGUGGAGGUGUGCCACUCCAUGGGCGUGAUGCACCGCGACCUCAAGCCGGAGAACUUCCUCUUCGCCGACCAGACGGAGGAGGCUGCUCUCAAGACCAUUGACUUUGGUCUCUCCAUUUUCUUUCGCCCAGAUCAAGUAUUCACUGAUGUUGUUGGUAGCCCUUACUAUGUGGCUCCAGAAGUUCUGAAAAAGAAAUAUGGUCCAGAGGCAGAUGUCUGGAGUGCUGGUGUGAUAAUUUACAUCUUGUUGUGUGGUGUGCCACCGUUUUGGGCAGAGAACGAGCAGGGUAUAUUUGAAGAAGUUUUGCAUGGCAGACUAGACUUUCACUCAGAGCCAUGGCCUAACAUCUCUGAAGGUGCCAAAGAUCUUGUAAGGAGAAUGCUUGUUCGGGACCCCAAGAAGAGACUGACAGCCCAUGAGGUUUUACGGCAUCCGUGGGUUCAGGUUGGCGGUUUGGCUCCUGAUAAGCCCCUGGAUUCUGCUGUUCUAUCUCGUAUGAAGCAGUUCUCAGCUAUGAAUAAGCUGAAAAAGAUGGCUCUUAGGGUCAUUGCAGAGAACCUAUCCGAAGACGAAAUCGCCGGCCUGAAAGAAAUGUUCAAGAUGAUCGACACAGACAACAGUGGACAGAUCACCUUCGAAGAACUCAAGGCUGGGCUCAAAAGAGUUGGCGCUAACCUCCAAGAAUCCGAGAUCUACGCACUCAUGCAAGCGGCGGAUGUGGAUAACAGUGGCACGAUAGAUUACGGCGAGUUCAUCGCUGCGACUCUGCACAUGAACAAGAUCGAGAGGGAGGAUCACCUGUUCGCGGCGUUCCAGUACUUCGACAAGGAUGGCAGCGGGUACAUCACGGCCGACGAGCUGCAGCUCGCCUGCGAGGAGUUCGGGUUGGGAGACGUUCAGCUCGAGGACAUGAUCAGAGAAGUCGACCAAGACAAUGAUGGUCGCAUAGAUUACAACGAGUUCGUGGCGAUGAUGCAGAAGCCGACGAUGGGGCUCCCGGCGAAGAAGCCCGGCGGGCUGCAGAACAGCUUCAGCAUCGGCUUCAGGGAGGCCCUGAGGAUGUCGUGACACGUGACGUGGCUGUCGCUAGAGCCGGGUCGUGUCGACGUGUGGAGGUGUGCGUGUACGUACGUAGAGAGAGGGGGGUCACUGUGCAUUGGAUCGAUUAUUUUCUGACGUUAAAAUACCACAGAUUUUUUUUUUACCCUUUUCGUCUCAGGUGGAAGAGCCAGUUACAUCUUAUAGUUUACUUAUGCUAACGAUAUAUAACUUUUGUACGUGUUAUGACGUAAAUGUAAGUAAAAACGUUGGUGGCGUACCUCGGGCAGUCGUCUGACCUGCUGCG